AUGGCCGGAAGAAAAGAAAAAGAUAAACACAAAGAGCAAUACAGCCAAACUCCCCCAAUGCCCAGAAUCCUCCCUGCCUCAUUAAGCCAAAAAUCUAUAAAAAUGAGCCUGCCCUUUAGGAUCUACACUGAGCCAAAUAAGACCCAAUUACCAGUCUGCACUUACUUCCAGAGUACUGCUAAUCUUUUUAUUAUUGAGCCUCAUGUCUCUAUGUCUAUGAGCCCUACUAUGGUUGCUCAGAAUCAUUUCCCUCCUGGCUUUCAUUACCUUCCACAUAGUCCCUACAAGUCCCUUAAAUUCUACCGUGAGAUACUUCAUGAAACUAAAUCUGUUGAUAUUAAGCCAAUCCGUGAUAAAAUUAGACCCCUUCUGGUAUCAGAGCCAUUCUUGAUUGAUGCUCCCCCUGAAGAGCUUGGGAAUGUCAAUCUUCAAAAAUGGUGGCAAUGGCAAUCCCAAGAACUUUAUGCUGGCCCUCCACGAUUUCCUUAUGUCGAAGCAUUUGAUGAGGUUCCAGAUGAAUAUUUUGAUGAUAUUUUUAAUCAAGCUUCACAAAUUUCCUUUGAAGGUGGACAAGAAGUGGGUAAUGACAACAUGGGAACAAUAGAAGUGCCUGUGUAUGGACAUAAUAUUGACAAUGAAGAUAGGAUAAAGGUACCUGUCAAUGUUGAUGAUGAAGAGGAUAGUGAAGAAGACUGUGACGUUGAUGGUAGGAGGAGAGUAAGAGAUCUUCAAGACAGUGGUGAUGAAUCAGAUAAAGAAAUAUAUGAAAGUGAUAAUGAUGCUGCCAUUGAUGACAACAACCUGUUUGAUGGAAAUAUGCAAUCCAGUUUUGGGAGAGUAGGAAAUACCUAUCUACCUAAGGAUUUUGUGGCUUUUGAUCAUGAAGAAGACUCGGAUACAAACUCAGAAAAAGCUUUCAACUCACCUAACCACUCUUCAGAUGAGGAUGGUGAAAUGAAGAGGAAGUAUCCAGAGUUCUGUAAGUCUGAUUUGAAUAAUCCCAAGCUUGAGAAAGGAAUGUUAUUUGGAAGCAAGGAGAUCUUGAAGACAGCUGUUAAGAAUUAUGCAGUGAUGGGAAAUUAUUCAAUAAAAUUUGUCAAAAAUGAUAAGAGGAGGAUCACUGCAAGAUGUACAAACUGCACUUGGAUGCUUCAUGCUUCAUAUAUGCAACUAGAGGAAACGUUGCAGAUCAAGACCUUUAUUGAUAAACACAUUUGCGUCCGAAAUCCUACUAACCCACAUGUCAAUUGUGUAUACAUAGCUCAAAAGUAUAUAGAUCGUAUCAUGGAUGAGCCUGAUAUUACGAUUAAAAAUCUUAAGAAGGCAGUGAAGAGGGACUUAGGAUAUAAUGUUUCAGAUAGCCAAUGUUCUAGAGCUAAGAGGAAAGCCAAAAAAAUAAUAGAAGGGACUUACAUGGAGCAAUACUCAAGGCUGUGGGAGUAUUGUGAUGAGGUGAAAGCAACAAAUGUGGGAAGCACAAUGAAGAUAAGGGUGGAGCUUCCUUCGCACUUGCAAAGACUUUAUGGUCCUUUUGCAGGUCAAUUACUUGUUGCAGUGGGUGUUGAUGCCAAUGAUAACAUGUACCCUAUUGCAUAUGCUGCUGUGGAGUUGGAAACUAAGGAGACAUGGAGCUGGUUUUUGGAGUUGCUAAUGGAUGAUCUUGGUCCUGUAGAAGACCAUGGAUGGAUAUUCAUAUCAGACCAACAAAAGGGGUUGGACAAAGCCUUUGAUAUUGUUGUGCCUCAAGCCCAACAUAGGUGGUGUGUUAGGCAUAUGUAUGGGAACUUCAAGGAAAAGUAUAAGGGCAAGGGUUUGAAAGAUCUUUUAUGGAGUGCAGCUAGGGCUCCCAAUUGCCAUGACUUUGAGGUUGAGAUGAAUAAGCUGAAAGAGAUGGAUGGUGAUGCUUAUAAUUGGUUGAUGGGGAAAGAUCUAAAUAACUACAUCUUGGGUGCCCGAGAUAAACCUAUAUUGACCAUGCUAGAAAUGAUAAAGUGUAACCUAAUGAAAAGGUUAGAAGUGAAGAGGAUUGCUAUGGCAAAACAUGAGGGGGUCAUUUGCCCUAAAAUUCAAAAGAAAUUGGAGAAGAUAAAGAUGCAUUCGGCUAGGAAUUGUAUGCCAACAGCAGCUGGAGCAUUUGAAUAUCAAGUGGGAGAGUACUUACAUGAUCAACAUGUGGUAAAUAUAGCAUUGAAGACAUGCUCUUGUAUGAGAUGGGAUCUUAAUGGUAUCCCUUGCAUUCAUGCCGUUGCUGCCAUAUAUCUUUAUAAGGGUUGUCCAGAAGAUUAUGUAGCUUCAUGCUAUCUUAAGGACACUUAUUUGAAGGCUUAUGAGCCAAUGAUUCAUCCAGUGAAGGGCUUUAACAUGUGGCCAAAGUCAAAUAAAAAACAACUCUUACCUCCAAUUGUUAGAAAACAACCGGGGAGACCAAAAGGAGUAGGAAAAAGGACCCUGAAAUGGAGAAGGUUGUUGAUACCAGUGCCCCAAGACCCUCCACCUGGAACCUAUAUUGAUAAAAGAUGGGGACUUCCAGCUUCUUUGAAGAAAAGGAGAAGUAAUGGUGCUACAGAUGUGGCCUCCUUUUCUCCUAUGCCAACUCAAGAGAAUGUGCACACCACUCUGAUGCAAAGACAAAAGCUUCCUAUUAGGAAGGGUUAUGUAAAUGCUCCAAAUGCACCAAGGCCAACUCCUCUUGUGCCCACUUCAAGACCAACUCCUCUUAUGCCCACUCCAAGACCAACUCCUCUAUUUAUACCCACUCCAAGGCCUAUUCCUAAUAUGCAAAUUGGAAGUUUAAGCUCUGUGAAUCAAAGACAAAUUGGAGGUGCAAGAUCAAUGAAUACAAGACCAACUCUUAAUAUGCAAAUGGGAGGUGCAAGUUCUGUGAAUCCAAGGCAUAUGGGAGUUAGCAUUAGGCCUCCACUAUCGAGGCAAAUGGGAGGUUCAAGUGCCCGAUGGAACCCACCAGGAAAAGCAACGAACAAGAAAAUUCCAAGUGAACUGAAAUUGCUUAUUUUGGUUGUUGGCCAAUAUUUUGUGAACUAA